AUGAGACUUCGAGACGUGGCAUUCAUCCCUAGCAUUCAGUGCAACUUGGUCUCCUUGCGUCUCAUCAGACGGCAGGGAUUUUACUGGGACAACCGAAAUGACCCAACCCUCCUCAGGAGAAGAGUAGACAACUCUGUGGUGUGUCGACUCCGGGACCUACACGGGCAGUACGUCAUCGAAUACAACGACGCCAUUUCCAACCAUGCAUCUUUUGCAACCCGAUCAGCACGCUGGACGAACUGGAAACGACCAUCAGUCACAGCAGAAGCCCAGAAAUGGCACCUCCGAUACGGGCAUCCAGGACCAGAGGCCUUAGCCCGACUGCAGCGGACAGCUCAGGGGGUGAAGAUCAGAGGGCCAACCACAGUCCAGUGCGAGGCAUGCGCCAAGAGCAAGAUCAAGCGACAGAUCAGUCGUCGUCCACGCCAAUUUACCCAAGGGGUAGGCGAGAGACUAGCCGUCGAUUUCCACGAAUACACCCAAGGAUACGAAGGAUUCAAGCACCUGAUGCUGGUCACCGAUCGCUGGUCUGGACUGGUCUGGGAUUUCUACCUCACCGAUCGGAAGGGGAAGACACUUGUGGAAGCCUUUGACGGACUCUGGAUCUACCUGGACACGCAGUACAGGAUUCGCCCCGCGGUCAUCGAGACCGACAACGAAGUCAUGAAACAUGACGGGAUCAUUUCAUGGGCAGCCGAGAAAGGUAUCCGUUUCGAGCCCUCAGCACCGUACACUCAAGCACAGAACGGCGGCGCAGAGCGCUCAGGGGGUGUGAUCAAAGAAAAGGCGAGAGCGAUCCGAGAGUCAGCAAAAUUUCCAGAGUUCCUUUGGCCAGAAAUCGUCAAAGCAGCAGUCUAUCUUCAUAAUCGCACUCCGACGCUGAUCAACCAUUGGAAAUCACCAUACGAGCGAUUCCACACACAGAUCGGAACCCACGCGGGAGGAUUCGCCCAGGCAAGGAAGCCUGAAGGCACGCAUCUGAAAGCGUACGGAUGCAAGGCAUACGCCAUGACGGCGAAAGCACAAGAGAAGAAGGAUCGAAUCAGGAGAUUCAACCCCAAGGCUUGGGUAGGAUAUUUGAUCGGAUAUCAAUCGUCCAACAUCUAUCGAGUAUGGGUUCCCUCGCUCAAUCGCGUCAUCAGCACCAGGGACGUGAUCUUCAACGAAGACGAGUUCUUCAGCGGCAACGUGGAACAACUGCGAGACGACUUGCGGAUCCUCAACGAAGAGGACCUGAAGAAGGCCUUGGACACUGCCGAAUUACCCGAACCCGACCUAGAGGACGAGCCAACAGGCCGAUCAGGAGAAGACGAGGAAGUGAUGGACAUGGGAGAUCCUCUGGAUCCAGUGGAAGACUCAAGCUCAGAGUCGAAGCUCACCUCUACACGAUUCGAGCCUCUCCCUACUCCGCCUCAGUCCCCUCCAGCAGCGUUCUUCACCACCAUGUACGAGAAAACGUCAUAUGACGAGCCCCAGGACCAGGAGUCAACCUACAAUGCUUGGCAGGGUGUUGAAGCCUACAAUGUCUCGAGGCAAGAAGGCCCGAGGCAGGCGACUUCCCCCUACAAUGUCAAGCAGGUUGCAGCGGCCUACAAUGCCAGUCAGGUUGAAGUAACCUACAAUGACACCCAGCAGGCUACCCCGUGGGAGCAGGCCUACAAUGCUGGAAGGCAGACCGCUGAUCCGAAGUCCGCGAGGGGAGAAGCGUAUCAAGCGCGCAGACGUCGGCUUAGACCGAUGCGAUCCGGUUACACGGACGCAAACAAAGGGACGAUCCUCGAGCGACUGAAGGCUCUACAAAGGACUCACAGAUCAGAACUGCCAAUCCUUGGUUGCAUGUGGGUAUACGUCUACAAGACGGACAAGCACGGUUACUUUGUGAAGUGCAAGGCUCGUCUGGUCGUGAGAGGAGACCAGCAGCGGUGGUCAGCAGGCGAAGAGACCUAUGCCGCGACACUGGCUGGCCGAUCGUUUAGAACUCUGAUGAGCAUUGCUGCCCGCUUUGAUCUAGAACUGACUCAAUAUGACGCAGUCAACGCGUUCGUUAACGCGAAGCUCCCGUACGAAGUGUACAUGGAGAUGCCACGAGGUCACCGAAAGGGCGAUACGAUCCUGAAACUCGAGAAGGCCCUCUAUGGAUUGAGAAUAUCACCCCUCCUAUGGCAAAAGGAACUGACAACCACCAUGAUCGAACUGGGAUUUGUUCAGAUCCCUCAUGAGCCCUGCUGUUUCAAGAAGGACGGCAUCCUUGUGUUCUUUUACGUCGAUGACAUAGUCUUCGCGUUCCGCAAAGAAAAGAGACUCCUAGAAAAGGUUCUCGCCGCGAAGCUGGGUCAGCGAUACGAACUCUCAGGGGGUGGGGGACUUCAAUGGUUCCUCGGGAUCGAAGUGAUCAGAGACCGGACAAAACGUUUGAUCAGGCUCUCUCAGACGGCGUAUAUCGACAAGAUCAGCAAGCUGAUUCGAGGACCGGCGAAAAGCGAGGUGCCAAUGGGCCGAAACGAACUCCUACCAUACGAUGGUGUGACUACCGCCUCCGAUCUGAACUGGUACCAGAGAACGAUCGGAUCGAUCCUGUUUGCCGCCGUACAGACAAGGGCCGAUAUCUCUUUUGCAACAUCAAGACUGGCUCGAUUUCUCAACAACCCGGGGCCACAGCACUGCCAAGCUGCCGAUCAGGUCCUAACUUACCUCAAGAGGACGCGAAACUACGCCCUUCAACUUGGAGGAGCAGACACGCUUGACAUUGCCAGUGACGCCUCAUUUGCUGACAAUUCGCUUGACCGGAAGAGCUCCCAGGGACUGGCCAUGAAACUAUUUGGAGGUCUGAUCGCAUGGAGGGCUAACAAGCAAGAUACGGUCACCACGUCAACCACGGAGGCCGAACUCCUUUCCCUUUCGCAAGCAGCCAAGGAAGCACUCUUCAUCGACAGGCUUCUCAAAGAGCUGACAGUCGCUCUCGAAGACAACUACCUCACGAUCCAAUGCGACAACAUCCAGACGAUUAGACUGGUGAACCGAGACACAGUCACCCUUCAGACCAAACUGCGCCACGUGGAUAUCCACAAUCACUGGAUUCGCCAGGAAGUCAACAACGGUCGGAUCAGAGUCGUGUACACGCCUUCAGACAAGAUGAUUGCCGACGGCUUCACGAAGGCGCUGCAGAGGGAGAAGUGGCAAGGGUUUCUAGACUGUCUGAGCAUUGUGGAGGUGGAGGAUCAUUUACGAAGGCCACCAGCCGCCAGAUCAGACGAGCAUGAACCCCGUUCAAAGUAA